AUGAGCGUCCCCCAACUCCAACUCAACGACACCACCCCCAUAACCCCAGACGACAACCACAACCAGCUGGAUAAAACAAGCACACGCAAAUCCCUCCACCAGAACAUAUUCGGCAAGCUCCGUCCCCUACCAUUCCAAUACCACUGGACAGUCUGGUACGACAAGUACACCCCCGAGUCCGACGACCCCUCGACCAAGAACAAACUAUACAUCCUCCACGAAGACGUCGCCGACAUCGCGACCUUCUACCGCGUCUACAACAACUACCCAUGGGAUAAAGUCCGUGCAAGAGACAGCGUGCAUAUCUUCCGGAAAGGUGUGGAUCCUGUACCCGAGGAUCCAGAGAAUCGAAACGGAGGGUGUUGGCAAUUCCGGGUGCCAAAGGGUAAAGCGUUGGCGUUUUUCCAUGAGGCGGUAAUCUUAUGUAUGGCGAAUGAGUUCCAGGCGGCUUUGGAAAAGGAACAUGACCAUGUCCUCGGGAUUUCCUCAUCUGUCCGCUUCAACUCGCAUCUUAUUUCCGUCUGGAAUAAACUAGGAGACAAUGAACUGUCUAUUAAAACCCUGGAACGGACUAUUCUUGAACGGCUCUCGCCGGAUCUGAGGCCUAGUGGCUCUCAUGCCGAUGGUUACUCCUACCGGCGGCAUGGAGAAGAAUAA